CAUCACUGUUACUUUUUUUGCAGUUUUUUGGGGCAUUUUUUCCAAGUUACUCAUUGAUGUUUUAAAUUCCAGUAAAAGGCAACUGAAUGCAGCACAUAGAAAUAAAUUCAGGUGUCCUGUGACUACACACAGAUAAAGAAAAUCAGAUUUAAUGGCGAUACAAUGCCAAUCACAUCUUGUGAAACUUGAUGAGAGGAGCGUGGUGGUUUCACAAAUGGAUCAAUGCUCGGUGCUGAAUGGCUGCGGUCGGGUAGAGGUGGAGAUUUGAUGACUCCAGAGGUUCACACUGCUGGACAUCUGGUAGUUUUUACAGCAGCUGGCACAGAGAUACAAGGAAAUACAACACAAGAGAAGCAUGAGGAAACACUGUGCUCUUAAACAUGGAAUAUUCAAGGAAUUCCUGGCAGAAUUCCUGGGGACCUUUGUCUUGGUUUUGUUUGGCUGCGGCUCAGUCGCUCAGACCGUCCUCAGUCGAAACACCCUGGGCGAGCCACUCACCGUCCACAUUGGCUUCUCUGUUGGACUGAUGAUGGCGGCGUAUGUGGCCGGCGGAGUGUCAGGAGGCCAUGUGAACCCUGCUGUGUCUCUGGCCAUGGUGAUUCUGGGCAAGCUGAAGAUCUGGAAGUUUCCUUUCUACGUCAUUGCUCAGUUUCUUGGUGCUUUUGCUGGAGCUGCUGCAGUCUUUGGAUUAUACUACGAUGCCUUCAUGGACUUCACCAGUGGGAUUCUUUCAGUGACGGGAAUCAAUGCAACAGGUCACAUUUUUGCGUCCUACCCUGCGAGACACCUGUCAAUCCUCGGCGGCUUCAUCGAUCAGGUGGUGGGGACAGGUAUGCUGGUGCUGUGUAUCCUGGCUAUUAUUGAUGGUGGAAACAUUGGAGCACCCAAAGGCGUGGAGCCGCUGGCUAUCGGUCUGAUCAUCAUGGCCAUCGGUGUCUCUAUGGGACUCAACUGUGGAUACCCCCUGAACCCUGCCAGAGACCUGGCUGGACCUCGACUGUUCACUGCUGUAGCUGGAUGGGGGAUGGAGGUCUUCAGCACUGCAGACAACUGGUGGUGGAUCCCCGUGGCGGGGCCCAUGGUGGGGGGCGUGGUCGCAGCCGUCAUCUACUACCUGCUCAUUGAGCUGCACCAUCACCGCGAGGAGCCCGAGAAGCCCCACGAGGAAGAGGAGGAGGAGGAGGAAGAUGAGGACGACGAGGACAGCAGCCUGAAGGACAAAUAUGAGAUGAUCACCAUGAGCUAAAAAAAGACAUUAACCUUCAGGACAACCUGGUUCAGAUUGUUUAACUGUCAGUCAGGUGGAGAUACACAGCUUCCAUCUGUUAACACUAAUAAAUAUGGACUGUCUCCUUUGUAAUUUUAAUGUUUUAUGUUUCAUGAACACAUGAAAAUCUCAGUCUUGUGUGCUUCACAUUGUUCUGACUGUUCAUAUACAUGUUGUAAAUACUGUACUAUAGACAUUAGAUGCUUGAAAAUGAUGGGUACCAACUGUGUUACAUGCCUGCUUUUCUCCUUUUAGGUUUGCUCCCAUUUUCUUUUCUGAUAUUUUCUGUAUAUUUACAUAAAACUUUUAGUUUUUUUGUUUUUGUUUAAACUUAUAAUUAUUUCCUUUUUUUGCAAACCAUGAGGAAUCAUCCCUCCUGUUCUGUAUUAAUAUGUGUAUUUAU